AUGUUGAAAUUUUCGUUAGUUCUGUGUUUAACAAUUCAGUUGGCCUACACAAAACCCUGGUUUCACCACGAUUCUUCAUACCAAUCAGAAGAAAAUGGUUCCGAUUUAGAGGAAACGGUUGACACUUGGAUUACAAAAACUGACAGAAAUGAGAAGAAAAUAAAUAUCAUACAAGACCAGAUUGAAGAGAUAGGUGACGUGUUAGAGGGUCAGUCGGAAAUGAUUGGCAAACUUCAAGACUUAAUUUCUUUUGGACAAAGACCAUUUGAUGAAAAUCUAAUGAUGAAUGGCGAAGAAGAAGAGGAAUUCAUGAAUGAACCGACGCCGAUGAAUUUCGAUAAUGAGGAAGAACAUUCCGACGAAGUCGAAAAUAGUGAACAGGAGGAAGAAUCUUUUGAUGAAGUCGAGGACAGUGAAACGGGAGAAGUGGAGGAUGUUGAGAAUGAAGCAAAGGAGGAAAACUUUGAGGAUUUAAGUGAAACAGGUGAAGAGGUAGAACCAACAGAAUCAGAUGAACAGGAAAAUGUUACCGAGAGCUAUGUGAGCGAUGAAAAUAAGGAAACAUUAGAAGAAGGAAAAUAG